CCUGAUGUGUGCAAAAUGUACAUAUUGCAUUCGGAAUUCUUAAUUAUCCGGAAACAGACUCGUCUUGACUCCUCACAUUGCGUUAACUGUCAAGCUUACUCCAAGGCAGAGCCUUUCCUCAAGAUCCCAGUCUACAUCUUCCUUGCCUUUAACUGUUACACGGCGCGGUCUCAUGGCUAAAUCUUUAAACUACAAUUAUUCAUGCACUCUACUGGGCUAGCACACUUACGCCAAUCAUUAGCAGAAUUAUCAUAAUUCAUAUGGUGGACCAUUCGUCACUUUGUUUCCCGCUGCUUCAUUUUGCUUUCUUAGUCCUCUGUUCCCUGGACCGGAAAUGCAUCAUUUCGUUUGGCAUGGCCACUUUCUUCUUUUCUUCUUUCUCGUCUUUUCUUACUUUCAUCCAUUUAAUCUCAAAAAUUCUACUAUUCUUCUGGCGUUGUCGUUCUUACCCAGGCUCUUAUAUUUCCUACUCUUUUUCCUACUCAUUUCUUUUCCUUUUCCAUUCCUUUGUUUUUCUCAUGGAUCAUGGUGUUUCUCUUUUCUCCCACUGGCUUUUACCGGUUCUCAUUUUCUCUUUUUUCCACACUCGGUCUUAUGGUUCUUGUUUGCUCGACCUACCAUAUCACACAUUUAACACGUACAACACGUACAACACGUACGGUCGACAAUGCAUACACAGAAUUGCAGAUGCAUUUUCGUCGAGAUCUUUUACAGGAAUCCUAUUUAUCUCCUUUAUGGGGAAUCAUGCUCUCACUGGCUCUACUGCUACUGUUUUCAGUACUUGGUUAUGUUACUUGCACUACUACAGUACUCGGUGUUCUCACAUUAGCUACAGUACUCGGUGUUCUUACAUUAUUUAUGGUAGCUUAGUAUCUUACAUUAGCUACAAUUUACGGUAGCUACAGUAGCUGGUAGCUGAAGUACCUUGUGACUCCUAGUCGUGGUACCUACAACAGCUGAAUAGCUCACUAGGUAGCUAAAUAGCU